GACGUCAGGAAUCUUCUUCUCGUUUGCAUAUUCAGCACGAUCAGGCCGGCCAUAUGGGAAAAUGCAACUGCAGGAAUUGUUGUGAAAAAAGGGGGACAGCGAGUUUGAACACAAAGUUGUUUGAGAGCGUCUGAAGCGGAUAACACACACACACACACACACACUAGAGGAACAGAAGCAUGUAUUGUGCGUACACCAUCCCGGGAGUGAGCAGCGGAUCAUUCAUGUACUACUAUAAUGGAAAAGCGGUAUACGCCCCGUCUGCCAGCACUGCCGAUUAUAACCGAGACUCACCGGGUUACCCGUCCUCUAAAGCACCGGGCAGCAGCUUUCCCAGCUCCUUCUUUAUGCCAGAUGGUCAUCACAGUACAGACCCAUGGAGCUCCUCCGGCAGUAUGAACCAGCCCGGAUACAACAGCAUGCUGGGAAACUCCACACACAGCGCUCAGAGCAGCAGCUACUGCGGCCUUCACCCACACGAGAGACUCAGUUACCCGUCACACUCGUCGGCUGAGAUUAACCCCAGUCUUCCUCCCAUGUCCAGCUUCCAUCGGAGCGGCGGGUCGAAUCACUACAGCACGGCGUCUUGCUCCGCAACCACUAACGGGACAGAAAGCGUCAUGGCGAAUCGAUCGUCGAGCGGAGCAGGGACGAGUUCGCAGACGGGAGACGCGUUAGGAAAGGCCCUGGCUUCAGUGAGUCAACAGAUCUAUUCCCCCGACCACACCAAUAACAGCUUCUCAUCCAACCCGUCCACUCCUGUGGGAUCACCUCCGUCGCUUACAGCUGCCAGUACGGCCGUCUGGUCCAGAAACGGUCAGGGAUCUUCAUCUCCCAGUUACGAGCCGCCACUGCACUCACUGCAAAGUCGUAUCGAGGACAGAUUGGAGCGCCUGGACGAUGCGAUCCACGUGUUGCGGAGUCACGCGGUCGGCCCGUCCACAGCGAUGCCCGGCGCUCACGCGGACAUGCACGCAUUGAUCCCUCCAUCACACUCGCACAACGGGGCCAUGAGCGGAUACAGCGCAGGACUGCUGCCGUCCAACAGACACUCGCUCAUGGUAAGAACCACUGGUCUUUGCUUAUUGGCUGCUGAUGAACCUGUGUAGGUUUGUAACUAAUUU